CUCAAAAGUCGUCCGGCAAGGAAACCCUCACAGCGGAUGUGGACUUCAUACAAGUGAGAUCGAAGACAACGCUAUCGAGGAUCCACUCGGACGCUGUAGUUAGGCGAGGGCCAGAAUGGUCCGAGCGACCACCCUUCUAGCGGCAGUUCUGCUGCUGCUGCUGGGCCAGCAUGUUGGUGCUCGGCCGCGGCUGUGUUCGCGAAGCACAACGUACUACCUGAGGGAGGGGAGCGUCAACCUUGUCGCUCUGCUCAGCGCCUCAUGACACUUCUGCUUGCAGCAGGCAUCCAGCUUGGAAUUUCUGCUGCAAGACCUGCAAACCAAUCAUGGAAUGCAGGACGUUCAUUUGACGGUCAUCAAUGGCAUGGAAGCCAUAAAUUAUACCGACCAACUCAGAAGACGGACCAGUUUCCCUGUUCUCCAAGAGGUCCCAGCGGAUCCGCUGUGGAGUGAGCUACAGGGAGACAAGGACGACUUCUUCGUUUAUGACAGGUGCGGUCGCCUCACGUACUACCUACCUUUCCCUUUGAGUAAACUGCCGCACCGUAACAACUCCAUUACACGACAAGUGCUCCUGGAGACCUAUAGCGCUAGCAUUUGUGGACGCUGCCGCGAAGAUUUUGGUUCUGAGGCUACGGAGACGCCAAAAGAAGCACAAAAUGGAUCAUACCAAAGUGAAGCGCAGCAGGCUCAAGACGCCAUCACUGAGAGCAAGGCGAACCCCGUUGAGUCGACGGAGCUCAUAAUCGACCCCGAUGAAUCGACCGAGUUGCCAACCGACACCCUUGAUACGACCGAGGGGCCAAGCACUUCAACCACGGAGAGUUUAGGUUGGAGAGUGGUGCACAUGGUUUUUGGAGUGGGGCACAGAGUCCAUGACGUCAACAACACUAGGGAAGUCAUUGGCCAAUUCCAUAAUGACACCACCGAAGGCGACGACGAAGGCAUCCAAGAAGCAAAGCCCAGAGAAUGCAAGUCCGUUGACAAAGCCCGGUGCUUCGACUGGCCUCAAGAGCGCAUCCAAAGAGUGCGACGUUGUUGCAGUGGAGAAGUCAGGUCACGGAGGCAUUGCGGACGGCUCACAAGGCGUGUCUGCAAGAAGAUACACCCGCUCAUUACCUGUUGCCCAUCACUCCGUCGAGAGAGAGAUGCCAAACUGAGUGUGCUGUACCAGGACAUAUUUGUCAACAGGACCUCUGUAAGGACGGCCGAUCCAAUGUCUAGCUGACAAUGAUUGUGAUCACAGCUUCCUUCUCAUCCAUAAGCGAUGACGAAGGAAGUUGGGAUCCUUAUAUUACGAAGGUGAGAGUGGAAGGCGGCGCAAGAUCCGUCGGGAUGAGAAUACCGAGUACUGUGCCGGAGACAGUACUCGGUACUAUCAAGUGAGCAAAUAUAGAAACUUGGUUUGAAAAUUCUGGCUGAGAAUUACGGCGUUUGCAUGCUGUCGUAGCCUGUUAUUAAAGCGUCUAGUCAACAUAUUUUUAUGUCCAACAUUUUGGGUUAGUAACUUACAAAUUACGAAGAGAACAUUGAACUUACACUGUUAAAACAGAACUUCACCAGAUAACACGCUCCUAGCCAACCAUAAUUCCGAGUGAUAUCAUACGUGCAUUGAUUUGUUGAAAAUGGAAGGAGGCGCCUAUCUGAGACAGAUUAUGCUUGUCCCAGAUAGGCGCCGCUCCCCUGUUUUCAACACAUCACGACACAGAACAAUAUAAUUCGGAAUGAUAGUAGGCUAGGAGCGUGCUAUAUGAUGAAUUUCUGUUUUAACAGUGUAGAUAGAUAGAUAGAGAGAAUGGCAGCAUGGGGGGGGGGGGGGGCAGGCAAUGUGUCAAAGCCUCCGGUGUUAUAAACCACGGAUUGUUUGUUUUCCACGUGCGAUGGCCUUCAGGCCCUGCAGUAUGAUACACGGAACGCGAAAUCGUAAAUCGAAGCAUCCGUGUUGAUGUGUCAGGCGCCUAUUGAGUCAGCACAAAGAAUACUUAUACGCGGUUAAAGUGAAAAUCUAAGAUGAUAUUUAUAACCUGUUCCCGUGAGACAGAACAGUUGACUCAUGUUUAGGAACGAGCCAAUAUGAGAGGUCCGGGACAAAAGUUGCGUGCCCGGAACUUGAUGGUGCUCUUAACUACGACAUGUGGCUCCUAUACCCUGUUCUCUCUGGAGCUCCUCUGUAAAUGCGCUAGAGGAGGAAAUAAAGGACUCUCGCUGCCAUGUUUGAACAUGCAGCGAAAUGCUUACAUGAA